UCCAUCUAUAUAUUUGUAGAGAGAGAAGGGACUCUUCACCAGUUCUCUGGGACAAACUCCACUAAAGCCCAGAAGCCUCUCUUUCUCUCUCUCAGAGCACUGAAUCAGAAGAAGAAGGAAUGAAGAUGAGAGAAGAAGAGAUAGAAAAGCUGAGAGGAGUGGUGAGGGAUUGCUUGAGCAAGCAUCUCUACUCCUCUGCCAUAUUUUUUGCGGAUAAAGUGGCUGCCUUCACUUCCGAUCCAGCUGACAUCUACAUGCAGGCGCAGGCUCUCUUCCUCGGCCGCCACUACCGCCGCGCCUUCCACCUCCUCAACGCCUCCCAGAUCGUCCUCCGCGAUCUCCGCUUCCGCUACCUCGCCGCCAAAUGCCUUGAGGAACAAAAGGAGUGGGAUCAAUGUCUGUUAAUGCUUGGCGAUGCUAAAGUGGAUGAACAUGGAAAUGUUAACGACACAAAGGAUUGCAAUGUCAUGUACUUAGAUAAAGAAGGGGAAGAUCGUGAAAUCAAUAUCUCUUCAGCAAUAUGCUUUCUACGAGGCAAGGCAUAUGAAGCUUUGGAAAAUCGUGCCCAGGCUCGACUUUGGUAUAAAGCUGCUAUCAAAGCGGAUCCUUUGUGUUAUGAGGCUUUGGAAUGCCUUAUUGAAAAUCACAUGCUUACGAGUGAGGAAGAAGCAAGUUUACUUUCAUCUUUGCAAUUUGCUCCUGAAGAUGGAUGGCUCUCCUCAUUCUAUUCAUGUUUGAUAAAGAAGUAUGACAAAGAAACUGUGGUAGAAGCCAAAUUUACAGAACUUGAAAAACAAAGUUGUAACAUUAAUCCUUCGGACCCAUCCUUCAUUUGCACACUGAAAAACAAUACAGAUCUUCUAGCCUGCAAAGCUGAAUACUAUCAUCAAUGCGGCGAAUACCAAAAAUGUUUUGAACUAACUGCUAUAUUGCUUGAAAAAGAUCCAUUCCAUAUGAAAUGUACCUUAGUGCAUUUAGCAGCUGCUAUGGAGCUUGGACAUUCAAAUGAACUCUAUCUUAUGGCAUGCAAUUUAGUGAAAGAUUAUCCUCAAAAGGCACUUUCAUGGUUUGCUGUUGGUUGCUACUACUAUUGUAUCAAGAAGUAUGACCAGUCACGCCGUUAUUUCAGCAAGGCUGCAAAUCUAGAUGGAACAUUUCCUCCUGCUUUGAUAGGUUGCGGAAAUGCUUAUGCUGCUCAAGAAGAGGGUGACCAAGCAAUGUUGGCCUAUCGAACUGCUGCUCGCUUGUUUCCUGGGUGCCAUUUACCCACUCUGUAUAUUGGGAUGGAAUACAUGCGAACCCAUAGCUUUAAGCUCGCUGAGCAGUUUUUCAUGCAGGCAAAAACUAUUUGCCCCUCAGACCCUCUUGUAUAUAAUGAACUUGGAGUUGUUGCCUAUGAUAUGAAAGAGUACAAUAAAGCUGUGUGGUGGUUCCAGAAAACGUUGAGUCACAUUCCUUCCUCUUUAAGUGAAAUGUGGGAACCGACCAUCGUAAAUCUGGCUCAUGCAUAUAGAAAGUUAAAGAUGUAUCAUGAAGCAAUCUCAUUCUAUGAGAAAGCCCUCACAUUAUCGACCAGAAGUUUGAGCACUUAUGCUGGCCUUGCAUACACUUACCACUUGCAGGAUAAUUUUCCUGCAGCCAUUACAUACUACCACAAGGCUUUGUGGCUGAAACCAGAUGACCAGUUCUGCACAGAAAUGUUGACUCUGGCUCUUGUAGACGAAGCUCGUCGAGGCCUAGACCCAAGAAACGAAUCCCGUUAAUGAGGUGCUUGUUUAAUGCUGAUCACAGAUCCAUGAUAUAUCCCCUCAACGGACCUCAUUUAAACAUGACGAUUGCAUCAAACUAGUAGAAAUAUUAGGCAUUGUCUUUAAGGUUUUAUCUAUCAGGCCAAGGAAAGUUAUAAUUAUCAGAGUUUGAAUUUUGGAAAUUUGAAGUGUUGUAUAUGUGUUUCAUUGUUGUCUAAUUGGGUUCUUGGGUUUUUGGUGCC